AUGCUACGUGUAUCGAGACUAGGAAUACGUCUCUGUACGCAGAAACUUGGUUCCGAAUAUCCCAAGCACGGCCAGCUUUGUCUUUUCUCAACAGUAGCAGCACCGGUGGUGGAUUCACGAUUCUUUCAAACGCAAAACCCCAUUAACGGUUACAGACAGGUCCAACCGAGUCCAGAAGACGAAAUAAUCAUCUCUAUGUCAUCCGGAGUAGACUCGUCGGUUGCUGCACUUAUGUAUUCGAAAAAAUAUAAGAAUGUACGAGGAGUGUUUAUGGCCAACUGGUCCCCCGAUAAGAUCAUUGAUUCAAAUUCUGCAUGCACAGUUGAUUCGGAUUGGAUACAAGUACAGGAAACUUGUAGACAGCUCAAAAUACCCUGCACUAGAGUUAAUUUUGAGAAGGAGUAUUGGACACAGGUAUUUGAACCAAUGCUGGAGCAGUACGAACGUGGAUUGACUCCAAAUCCAGAUAUCGGGUGUAACAAGUACGUUAAAUUUGGGAAAAUGAUGGAGUAUUUGGAAGACAAUUAUAGAGACUCCAACAAGAAAUGGUGGUUGGUAACAGGACAUUAUUCAAGGAUUCUCCAUAAUGAUGCAACCGGCGAGUGUAAUAUUUUCCGAGCACAUUAUAAAUGUAAAGAUCAAAGUUAUUAUCUAGCCAGUAUGCCUAAUAGAGUCUUGUCCAAAAUCCUUAUGCCGAUUGGUCACUAUACAAAGCCACAAAUAAGAGAGAUUGCACAAAAGUAUGACUUGGUUACGAAGGACAAGCCAGAUUCACAGGGGUUGUGUUUUGUCUCUCAAGUUGGUAAGUUUAAAGACUUUCUCAAUGAGUACAUCACGCCUAACCCUGGAGAUAUCGUCACCAAAGAUGGCAAAGUUUGGGGGAGACACCAAGGAUUAUGGAGUGCUACUAUUGGACAGAAAAGCGGAAUAAGCAUGCCACAGGGAGACCCCAAGUACAAAGGUGUGUGGCUUGUCAGUGAUAAGAAUGUCGAGCGUAACCAGCUAAUAAUUUCAAGGAAAGACGACCAUGACGCAUUCUAUAGGGACACCAUUGAAGUUGAUCUGAAUACAUGGUAUUGGAUGGACAAGCAUACCAGUUGGAGCACGUUGAAUGUUGACGGGUCAAUCAACUGUCAAGUACGAUCUUUACAGGUUCCCAAUAUAGUUGAAAAAUUCGAGAUGGACAUCCAAAAUAGUAAGUGCAGUUUCAAGAUAAACGAAGAGAUAUUUGGUGUUGCAGCUGGCCAGACCCUAGCCUUAUAUAGAAAUGACAUGUUGCUUGGUUCUGGUGUUAUUUGUUGA